CCACCUCGACUGCAUCAACGUCCUCAUGCACAGAUUAAGAGGAACGAGCGCGAUUUCCUUAGUCUCUCCUGCAACGCUAGUGGCUCGCAUCCCCUCAGGUUGCAAUGGUUAGCACGUUUCGGCCCUGAGCCUCUUCUUGAUGCCGAACUGCAAGCUUUGCUUGCCCAGCUUCCUUCGUUCCUCCGUCAACAGCCAGCCCAUAUAGCCUUGACAGCACGGUCUGACUGGCCUGCCGCCAGACAGGGUACCCUCGGCUUUGGUGCCAGCAGAUUCGAGAGAAGUCAAAACGAGAUAGAAGAGGACUCGAAAGGUGACUGGCUAUCCAGCGUAUUGCAGAGCAAGGAAAGUACAAGUUUUAUUCCUGUCAAGAAGGCCUUCGAGCAGCAUGGAUUCAGUAAGCCCCAGAAGUGA